UACGUUUUCUGUGGUGAUACCUGGCAGUGUGUUGUGUGUAUAUAUAGGGGAUGAGAGUAUAUUGUAUGUACUGUUACUGAUGGUCGACGGUACAGCUUAUACGAUGAUGGUUUUCAUAACUCUGCUUCUUGUUGGCCUGGUGACGGCGGCCCCAGCUGAAGAAGGAAGUUCCUCGCAUCUUUCAAGACCUUCACUGGCCCAAGACCCCACCAGUGGGACGAUUGGAGACCAGCGUCUUGAAGCCGCUCCGAUCAGUGGUGUUAGAAACCCAGAUGGGCAUUUAAUCAUCCGUCAGCCUUCUUCAGUCUUGAGCCUGCAGGGUAGCGAGGCCUUUGGAUCUUCAAGUGACCACCGUCCUCAAGCGUCAGCAGCUGACGAACGGGGAAACCAGAAUGACCAUUUCCGUCAGCAAGAAGACACAGUUUUCCAAGCGAGAGUACAGAGAAGCGCAGAUACUAGCUUAGGAUCCACUAGCGACCACCGUCCACUAGCAUCACCUGGAGACGAAGCUGGAAAUCAAGAUGGCCAGUUGAACAUUAGUGAACAUUCUCCCGUUAACACGAGACUGCAAGGCAGCGGAGGCACUGCCUUCGGAUCUACUAGCGACCAAAGGCCACUGCUGUCAGUAGCUGGCGGACACGGAAACCAAGACAGCCAGUUGAAUAUCAGGGACCAUUUUGCCAACAACCCACACAGGCAUGAGAACCGGGACGCUAUCCUGGGCUCAGCAAGUGACCAUCGUCCUGUGAUAGUCCCAGUAGUUAGCCACUCAGACUCUGAGCGACAAUUAUCUGGAUCCAAUUAUCCGGUCGUGCAAGUGUCAGGCCUCAACAUCCGUACUGACAUUGAAAACGCCACUACUCUUGACCCCACUGACACCACCACUAUCGAAGCUGCCACCACCACUACCGAAGCUGCCACUGCCACCGACGCCACGGCCGUCAAACCCACCACCUCCACCGCCACUCAAGGAGCUUUGAGCUUCCUAAGCUCCCUCUUCAGCGGCGGGUUAAGUCACUCACGAGUCAACAGGGAUACCUGGCGGACAGUGUAUACCGUCUCCCAACACGAUGACCAUCUCUCCAACAACAGUCAGGUCACCACAAAUGCUGCAGACGCAUCCACAACCGAUACGCCGACUACAGUAACUGUGUCUUCCACUGAGAUACCAACACCACUGCAGUAACUGUCUCCACCACCACUCACGUCCCCUAGGCCUACUGAAUUUGCUGUGUGCACCAACACAGCCUUGUUCAGUAGCCUGUGUCUGGGUGUUCAUGCCAGUACUUGGAUCUAUAAGCAAGUCUUUCGAGUACUCAUUAUCUAAAUCUACUAAGUUUUUUUAUAAUAUGUUAAGUUUGUUAUGAAUAAAGAUAAAAUGCAAUAUAAA